GCGCUCCCCGGGGAGUGCAGGGGCGGCGUGGGAGGCUUGAACACUGCAGGAACCUCAGGAGGAAGGACUGUGGCCAUCGCGCAGGCCCAGAACCGCCCGAGCCGGGGCUGCCGGCGACGCCCCAGAGCGGAAGAGGGAAGUGAAGGCACCAGGCUUCGGGUUCCUGCCGGGCUGUGUUCACUGAGCGAGAGGCAGCACCAAGAAGAGGCCUUAGCCACCGCUCCGGAUCGGGGAUGUCGAAGAACACGGUGUCGUCGGCCCGGUUCCGGAAGGUGGACGUAGAUGAGUACGACGAGAACAAGUUCGUGGACGAGGAAGAUGGGGGCGACGGGCAGGCCGGGCCCGACGAGGGCGAGGUGGACUCCUGCCUGCGGCAAGGAAACAUGACAGCAGCCCUCCAGGCCGCCCUGAAAAACCCCCCUAUCAACACCAAGAGUCAGGCGGUGAAGGAUCGGGCAGGCAGCAUUGUCUUGAAGGUGCUCAUCUCUUUUAAAGCCAAUGAUAUUGAAAAGGCAGUGCAAUCCUUGGACAAGAACGGUGUGGAUCUCCUAAUGAAGUAUAUUUAUAAAGGCUUCGAGAGCCCCUCCGACAACAGCAGUGCCGUGUUGUUGCAGUGGCACGAAAAGGCGCUCGCCGCUGGAGGAGUGGGCUCCAUCGUCCGCGUGCUGACUGCCAGGAAAACCGUGUAGUCCGGCAGGGACUGGGGAGCGCCUGUAGGUGUGGGAGUUGCUGGUACAAAGACCAAAACAACCAAAUGCCACCGCUGCCCUUCGGGUAGCAUCUGUUUCUCUCAGCUUUGCCUUCUUGCUUCCUCUUUCAUCUCUGUAAAGAAGAAUAUUACAUAUCCAUUUUCCUUUCAUGAAAAUUGGGAUGCUAUAGAGGGAAUUUUUCAACAGGAGUGUUUCAUGCUCUCAAAACGGUUGCAGUGAUAUGUAUACCAGUCUGUAUAUAGCAUAAUUUACCUUCGAGUUUAAUUGUGCAAUUUGUAACCCCUCUUAGCUGGUGGUUUUUGUUUUACUGUUUCUGUGUUUUGGUUUUGUUUUUGGCUAAUAGUGAUCAAUUUGAUGAAAAGUUGAUGCCAAUUUCCUAACUCAUUGCUAGCCAGGAAAUGAUUCUUAUGAAAAAUACGUUUGAGAGACUGGCAGUUCCUAACAUUGCAAAACUGGACCAUAGUUCCCUUAUUUAAGCAAAAUGUGUUUCUGGAACAAGUGGCAGGUGAAGACCACUACCAGGUUCCAGCUCUGUUUCUGCUCGCCGCCAGAGUAUGUGAGUCUGAGUGCGCUUCCUCCUCUCCACAUCCAACGAUCAUGGCCUCUCGAUUUCUUUGUGGUCACCAGGGUCUGGAGCAAGGAGUCUUGCUCUACACAAAUGUACCUAUUAAGUACCAGAGCCUAUUGGGUAUGAGCAUAAAACUUCUGUCCCAAUAAUAUGGACCUGUUUGGGAAAAAUACUCUACAUCAGAAAGGACAUGGAAACUAUGAUAUAGUUCAGACUCUGGGCAGCCUCUGAAUGAAAUGCUAGUUUCCUUAGAAUUAGAGUAGCUGCCUUAGACAUUAUGAGGUAUGUAACUAGUACUCAGUAUGCCCUAUUAAUGUCUUCAGUGUUCUUCAGGGUAAUUGGGAUCUCAGAAGAUUUGGUUCAGAUCCAAACACACAUUCUGUAUUUUAGCUCAGUGUUUUUUAAGAGAAGAAAAUGCCACACAGCAAAAAGUGUUUACUUUGUUGGACAAACCAAAUCAGCUCCCAGAAAAAUGAUCGGUGCUUAUAAAGAGUUGUUAUUCAGUAGCUCCAAAACAAACCACCUGAAUGCGUAUGACCAAGAGGGAAAUCAGCCUGUGUUUAGUAUUUACAUUGAACACCAGUUUCAUAAUUACUGACUUAUGUGAAAACUGGUGCAGAAAUUCUAUAAAUUCUUUGCUGUUUUUGAUACCUGCCUUUUGUUUUGUAAAAGUGAUAAAGUUCAAAAAAUAAA